CAUUCAGUAUUCGCCUUUUCAGGGCAAACGUGUCCAGUCUUCUUUCGCUUUUUAGAGAUUGUGUGCUUAUAAACAGCAGAAACCUGAAUUAACGUUAAGUCGAAUCUUUUUCACCAGGCUAGCCAACAUUUCACAAUGAAGUUCGUGAGGUUUAUUAUGAAGAAUGCAGCUUUGGCCAGCGUGCCUAAACACAUCGAGCACUUCUCGAAAUUCUCACCAUCUCCUCUGUCCAUGAAACAGUUUCUCGAUUUCGGUUCAACAAAUGCAUGUGAAAAAACUUCAUUUGUCUUCCUGAGGCAAGAACUCCCAGUGCGUCUGUCCAACAUCAUGAAAGAAAUCAACCUACUCCCAGACAGAUUGCUAACUACUCCGUCGGUUCAGAUGGUCCAUAGCUGGUAUGCUCAGAGUUUAAUGGAGAUCCUGGAGUUUUUGGAUAAAAGUCCCACUGACCACAAAGUUCUAGAAGACUUUGUGGAAACUCUGGUGAAUAUCAGAAAUAGACAUAAUGAUGUUGUUCCUACAAUGGCCCAAGGUGUGAUUGAGUACAAAGAAGCUUUUGGUCAAGAUAAUCAAAACAUCCAGUACUUCUUAGACCGAUUCUUCACGAGCCGAAUAUCCAUCCGUAUGCUUAUCAACCAGCACACCCUGAUCUUUGAUGGUGCUACAAAUCCUGUUCAUCCCAACACAAUUGGAAGCAUUGAUCCUCACUGCAAAGUAUCAGAUGUUGUCAAAGAUGCCUAUGAAAGUGCCAAGAUGCUUUGUGACCAGUACUACCUUAGCUCACCUGACCUGGUGCUGCGAGAACACAACAGUAACAACAUUAACCAGCUUAUUAGCAUAGUGUAUGUGCCUUCCCAUCUCUACCAUAUGUUGUUUGAAUUAUUCAAGAAUGCUAUGAGGGCAACUAUUGAAAACCACAGUGAAGGCACCAGUCUCCCACCUAUUGAAGUUAUGGUGGCUAUUGGUGGAGAGGACCUCUCCAUCAAGAUGAGUGAUAGGGGUGGUGGCGUCCCUUUCAGGAAGAUGGAAAAUCUUUUCAGCUACAUGUAUUCGACAGCCCCGACUCCUCAGAUUGGCCAGCAGAGAACUCCUCUAGCUGGCUUUGGUUAUGGGCUGCCAAUCACUCGGCUCUAUGCAAGGUAUUUCCAGGGAGACCUCCAGCUCUACUCUAUGGAGACCUAUGGCACUGAUGCUGUUAUUCACCUGAAGGCUUUGUCCACUGACUCUGUGGAAAGGCUUCCUGUGUAUAACAAGACGGCUUUACGGAACUACAAAGUGAGCCAGGAAGCAGACGAUUGGUGUGUGCCAAGCAAAGAGCCAUUGGACCUGGCAGUAUUCCGGCUGGCCAAAUGAAGACCUUCUGUUUGUCUGAGGUCUCUUGGCUCAACAUAAAGACGGUCCUAACAUUAGGGAUCUCACAUGGGGACCAGCAAGAGCAAUACGGUGUCUGCCUAAAACCAGACACUCAACAUAAAGCCUUAUGGUAUCUCUCAUCACUAGUUAAUGCAUGUAAUGGCUUUUGAUCCUCACCAUAAUCAACACAAGUAGUUUUUUGUGGUUAUUUUUUCAACAGUAUUAUCUGUAGACCAAGCAUGCAGAGUGAGAGUGUCAGAAAAAAGCCAAAUGGUCAGUUGGAGAUUACAGCACUUUCUUAUGAAAGGUGGAGUAUUACAAUGUAGGAGAGCCUGAGCUGCUUAUUUUGGUAGUGCGUAGGUGGAGGGCAGCAUGAUCUUCCAGGCCAUAUGGUGGAGUUGGUGUGUAGUAUAAGGCCUAAGCAGAGCAACUUCAUGAGAACCAUGAUCUAAAGGCCCAGAAUGAGUUCUUACCGAAAGUAGAAUAUGAAUAAUACAGUGACUCUAAAAGAGUGCAUCAGAAGAUCUCUGUAUGGAGUAAUAACAUCAUCGUUGGUUAAUGGAGUUGAUCCUGAAAUUAUUGUGUAGAACAUUCAUCUUCCAAGUCAGAGACGUUGUGAAUUCGUCCACUGUGAUUGAAGGAAAACAUUAAGACUAUAUUUAGAGAAACCUCUGGUUCAUGAAUCACUUCAGUGAUGAAACAUGAGUGUAUUACAAAGUCAGACAAAAUAACAUUGAUGUAACAGUGUUUAAAUGGAAAGCUAAUAGAAGGCCAUUUAGGGUAAUGCAGUGGUUGAUUGUGCAACAUGCAAUUACUAUUCAUAUGCAUUCUCAAUUCUCUUAUAUUGCUAUACUGUAUUCUUAAUUGUUGAAUGUAAGGCCAGUAAACUAUGAGAUCCUUUUAACAUUUUCAGUGCCUCCUUUUCUGGAAAUGUAAUUAUAUUGUAUUAAAUGAACCAGCUGUUUUGAACUUGAACCAUGCAGCCCUUAAGUAUUCUCUCUUAUGUAUAUCAUCUUUUUUGUAUGAUUCUUUUAAGUUCUUCAUGUCUGAAUGAGUUGUAUUUUGUGAUAAAAUCGAUUAUCAACUGUACCCAUAAUAAAUAUAAAUAUAAUAAAAAUAAAGAUGACAUUUCAUAUCAUA